AUGGAGGAGGAAAACCCUUUGGCGGGCAGGUCUGCACUAGCGAGUUCGCCAUGUGCACCGAGGGAUGAGGAGGAGGAGGCGGCGUUCGGGAGGAGCAAUAAGCUCUCCCGUACGCCACCGAUGUACGAGGCCCAAGAAGGUGGGCAGAGCACAGGCUCUACGCCGCCCCCUAAGAGGUUGAGGGACCCGGCCAAGAAGAGCAAGGCGUCAGAGAAGGCAGCCUGCCUGCAGGAUCUGCAGAAGAUGGGCAAUCUAUUGCAGGAGGUCUCAUCUAGAAUGAUGGAUAAGUCGACCCGGCAUAUUACCGUGCCGCUGAGAGAAAUGAUUGCCAGUGUGAAAACCCUGCACUCGAGCAUCCUUGCAGCAAGCAGUGCGGCCGCGGCAGGUGUCAGCGACAGGCAGGAGAGCCGGGUCGCAAACAACCUGUGCCGGAAAUGCGCCCAGAUCACCAAAAGCGCGGACAAGGAGCAGCAAACGGUGACCGCCUGGAAAAAGGAGGCUUCGCAGAAAAGCGCAAGGGCGCCCAAGAAGCCCCGUGCGAAGCCGCCAUCGGCGGUGCAUGAUGCAUCGGAGCAGCAUAGGCCAGCCCGGAAGCCUGAGAGCCAGGCAAACCCCGAAAACGACUGGGAGGUCGUGGCGAGGAAGCCGAGAACAGCGCGCAGCACUCGCCCGGACGCUGUCAUUGUCCACGCGAGUGGCAAGUCCUACAGCGAGGUGCUCGCAAUGGUGACGAGGAGAGAGGACAAGCAGCUGUCGGACCUGGGACGCUGUGUGUCAAAGGUUCGCCGAACCAACAACGGCAACCUGCUCCUGGAGGUGGCGAAAGGUAGCGCCGAGAGCGCCACGACAAUGAGGGAGAGCAUCGAGAAGGUGCUCGGAGAUAUAGCGUCGGUGCGCGCAACGACAGAGGACUCAAAAGUCCUCGUCUUGGAGGUGCGCAAUAUCGACCCGAUCGCGACGAAGCAGGAGGUCUGCGCCGCCCUCGCGGGCCAGUUAAACUUCGAGGCGGAGAGGGUGAAAGUGCGGAGCAUGCGCCGCAGCUUCGCUGAAACCCAAACUGCGAUAAUCAGCCUUCCCGUAUCCCUUGCCAAAGCCCUCCUCCAUAGAGGUGAAGUUCGGAUUGGAUGGACCAUCUGCAGGAUCCGGGAACGACUUGGUCCCGUGAGGUGCUUCAGAUACCUAGAACCAGGGCAUAUUGCGAUCCACUGCAAGGGCCCUGUGGACAGAAGCGGUUGCUGCAUUAAUUGCGGCGAGCCGGGACACAAGGCGGCUUCGUGCAACAAGGAGCCGUCUUGCUUCAUAUGCUCUGCGGCUGGAAGGAAGGAGACGAGGCACAAGGAAGGCGCAAGGGGAUGUCCAGCCUCGAACAGUGGGGCAGCGCAGGAUCUCCUGUCGCAGACGGUGCGGGAGCUGGGCUCGGAGGUGGCAGUCCUGAGCGAACCCUACAGGGUCGGUACCAGCCGCGUCUGGGCCACUGACCGCUCUGGCAAGGCGGCCUUGUGGCUCUGCGGAGCGGAUGCUCCGGAGAUGUGCGACACCAAAGCAGCGGAAGGCUUUGUCCGGGCGAAAGUCGGCGGCACUUGGCUGUACAGCUGCUAUCUGGCACCCAGUCUCUCAUUGGAGGCGUUCGGAAGGAUUCUGGACGAGCUGAGCAGCGAUCUGCGUGGGCGGAGCAACGUCGUGGUUGGCGGCGACUUCAACGCCUGGGCCUUGGAAUGGGGAUCCUCCCGGACCAACGCCAGAGGCCGAGCGGUGCUGGAGACCUUCGCCUCCCUGGACGUAGUCCUUCUGAAUGAAGGCUCCCGGCAGACCUUCAGCAGGGCUGGGGUGGGCUCGGUAAUCGACCUCACCUAUGUCAGCAGUGCGCUGGCCAGCCGCGCCCGAUGGAAGAUCAGCGAGGCCUAUACCGCCAGCGACCACGAGGCUAUCGAGUGCUCGAUAGGCGCCGCGCCUCGCACGAGUGGGUCCCUACUCCCUGAUAGGAAGGCGUUCCGGCAAGACACCUUCAGGCCGCGGGAUUUUGCAAAUGCCCUCGAGGGCUUCACGGCAGGCGAAGCAGAAGGAGCCAACGAGACGGCCGACAAGCUGGCAUGGGCCGUGGACGGCGCUUGCAGCCAAAGCAUGCUACUAAGAAGGCCGUUCAGAAAGCACCACUCCCCGGUGUUUUGGUGGAGCGAGGAGAUCGCGGACCUGCGCCGUAAAUGCCACCGCAGCAGAAGAUUGUUGCAGCGAGCUAGAGGCACCCCGCGCCUUCUUACGUGUAACGACCGCUACAAGGCAGCAAGAAAGGAGCUCAAGACUGCCAUUAAGAACAGCAAACGAAAUUGCUUCCUCAAGCUGUGCGACGCCGCCGAGGAGGAUCCAUGGGGAGGAGCCUACAGAAUGGUAGUAAAGAGGCUUAAUGCGGGUGGCUGUGCCCCAACCGACCCAGCGACGCUGGAGAGGAUAGUUGGCUCCCUGUUCCCGAGCGGUCGGCAGGUCUUGAUCUGCCCCAGCACCGAGUUGGGCGACAUCCGUUGGGUCACGGAAGCUGAGGUUCUCCUUGCCGGUAGAAGCCUGAAGCCCAAGAAGGCUCGCUGCUGA